CGGUGCGUGACGCCUCGGUUGUGUCCCGCACGUUGACAUUGGGACGGUAACCUGCCGGAGGACCGCUGCUCGGCUCGCUUCCCAAACAGACAGGUCAGGAUGGGAGCCUCCGUGUCCACACCUGCUGCUCCCACGGUCAGGGCAGAGGCCAUGAUGGCCGCCCCGCCUCAGGGCUGCCCCAUGCACCAGGAAGCUCAGCCCGUCAAAGUGUCGCCACCUUCAGAGUGUCCCAUGCAUCAAGCUCAGCCUGUUGCAGUGUCGCCACCUCCAGAGUGUCCAAUGCAUCAAGCUCAGCCUGUCAAAGCGUCGCCUCCAGCAGAAGCAGGUCCAGUCCACCAAGACCGGGCCUACGAGUUUGUGGAGUGUCCCAUGAAGGGUGCAACGGCGGGCAUGAAGAACGACAUCGAUCCGGCAAAUAUGAUGCCUCCUCCCAACCAAACCCCAUCUCCAGACCAGCCCUUCGCCCUGUCCCUGUCCAGAGAGGAGUCCACCAUUCCCCGUCACGGUGCAGAGAAGAACUGGGUUUACCCUUCUGAGCAGAUGUUCUGGAACGCCAUGCUGCGGAAGGGGUGGCGCUGGCGUGACGAUGACCUCGCCGCUCAAGACAUGACCAACAUCAUUCACAUUCACAACCGGAACAACGAGCAGGCCUGGCAGGAGAUCCUGAAAUGGGAAGCUCUGCACGCAGCUGAAUGUCCAUGUGGGCCAACCUUGAAGAGGUUCGGUGGAAAGGCCAAAGAGUUCUCGCCCAGGGCCCGCGUCCGCCACUGGAUGGGCUAUGAACUGCCUUUUGACCGCCACGACUGGAUCAUCGAUCGCUGUGGGAAGGAGGUCCGCUACGUCAUCGACUACUACGACGGUGAAAUCAACAAGGAGACCUACCAGUUCUCCAUCCUGGACGUACGCCCUGCCUUUGACUCUUUAGAUGCUGUGUGGGACCGCAUGAAGGUGGCCUGGUGGCGCUGGACCUCCUAGAGGCUCCCACACAACCUGGUCACAAACAUACACAUACAAAGACUAGUCCACUGUUGUUCCUCAUUUCAGCUCUCUGCAACACGUGUGCUUGUGUGAAAAGAAGCAAACAAGACCCAGAAAAUAAACAGAGCGACUGUUAGCGUUAGCAGAAGCUCACACAGUCAGGCUGAGUGAGCGCGUUUCUGAACACAAUCUAAUUUCAGGCUUUGUAGUUCACAGCUUUAUAAAACAGCUUCUCAAACUUAGUGGAAGUGUUUGUCUAACAGGUCACAUGUGAGUCAACCCGCUCAGCUGAGCCCCAUCGUUCUGCUCAGUCCUGAAGAGCAAACGGUGGCGUUCAUACGUUCUGUGUCUCUGGAGGGAGUGUGAGAAGCAACCCUAAUAAUAUUAUAAUUAUGGCUGUUAUCAGAGCAACAAAGGAGUCCUCCAGCCUCUAACUUCUGGUCUGUGUUGACUGACACCUGCUGCCUGGGAUCAGCUACAGGUCCAGCUAGUGGACUGAGUGGCUACCAGCCAGGAACAGAGACCAGAAGUUAAAGGGCAAAUAAAAGAAGGUACACAUGGGAACAGGGGUGGGUACGUUGUGUGUACCAUGUGGGAGGAGGGACUCAAUGAAACCCUGUCAGCUGUGAAGUCUAUGUCACUGUUUGGACCUCGACGGUUUUGCUCCUUUUCAUUUCAUCCAUGUAGGUAGAAUCCUAAAUGAUCUGCGGCCCCUUUUAGGUUGAGAGAGAUGACGUGGAGUUGUUAAAUCAACACGUGUUUGGGUCAGUGUUUCACUGUUAGAGGUUUCUUCUCUCCAGCUUCAUCUGGUGACACUGACAAUAAAACAGAAACCCUGAUUAGAUUAAUCACAUGGAUUAAAACGGUUCUUGUAGUUCAUCUGGAAUGAAUCUACCUUAGAAACUGGUUUAAAAAUGUUUUGCUUAAGAAGAUAUAUUUUUCUUUGGACAAGUGUGGCUUAUAUUUGUGUACACUGGUCACACAGCUAUGGUCCUGAUAUGCUCCUAAUCACUCCGCUGGAAGGCUCUGGGUGUGUUGAACCUGGCGGUGAGUUGGGGACAUAAAGAUGCCUUCAUGGCUACACAGUGACCUGUUCUGCAAACCGACUCCCUUCCACCAGUCUGACUCGUUGGCGCUGUGCAGCGACUGCUGUGGCCGUCCACCCUGCUGGGGACGGUCUGGUGGAUUCCUUUGAGAGCUGUGUGUUGGGUUAUGGGCGUGUUCUGUAGACAAACAGGGUAUAUUGUUAGGAUGUCGGCCCUGCUGCCCCUCACCAACCCUGACUUUCUCAGUUGGACAUGUGGCAGAAGACAGUAGGUGAUCAGGAGAUGAAUGAAAAGGCGUCUGAUUGGCUGAAGUUCUUCAUCGUUAUGUUUUGCAGCAUUCUUCACACGCCGUAGUGGAUAAUUUCAGAACUGGAAUAGUUUGAAAUAUUUAGUGUGACAUUUCAGAUGCAUCUUCUUCAGAGCAGACAAAUGGUUUGGGUGGGCUGCUAUCCAUAUUUUUAUUUAUUGUUGGAUGAAUAAAUGUGCAACCUGUUUCUGUGGCCAGACAGAAUCUCAGUGCUUCUGUUUUCAGAAAGUGUUCUUGUGUCUAAAAAGAUAUUUUACUUGUUUAAAACCUCUAUUAAAGACGGUCUUCUUCUGCCUCUGAA